AUGCUAAAAGUAUUAUUCCCCACAAUCAUGCUAUUUCCAACAGUCUGACUAUCAUCAGCCAAAUGACUAUGAACAUCAGCAACUGCCCACAGCCUAUUAAUUGCCCUAACCAGCAUACUAUGACUGUGUUGGUCAUCUGAAACAGGAUGGUCUACCUCAAGUCUCUAUCUGGCCACAGACCCACUAUCUACCCCCUUGCUAGUUCUCACAUGCUGACUCCUCCCCCUAAUAAUUUUAGCUAGCCAGAAUCACAUCGCCCCUGAACCCAUUAGCCGCCAACGACUCUAUAUUACCCUACUAGUAUUUUUACAAACUUUCCUAAUUAUAGCAUUCGGCGCCACAGAAAUUAUCAUAUUUUAUAUUAUAUUCGAAGCCACCCUCAUCCCCACCUUAGUAAUUAUUACCCGAUGGGGCAAUCAAACCGAGCGCCUAAAUGCAGGAACCUACUUUCUAUUCUAUACGCUAGCAGGGUCACUGCCGCUCUUAGUCGCACUCCUUCUUCUCCAACACUCAACUGGAACUCUCUCAAUGCUGAUCCUGCAAUACUCGCAGCCUCUAACUUUAGACUCCUGAGGCCAUAAAAUCUGAUGGGCCGGAUGUCUAAUUGCAUUUCUCGUAAAAAUGCCUCUUUAUGGUGUACACCUCUGACUACCUAAAGCCCACGUCGAGGCUCCCGUGGCAGGGUCUAUAGUUCUUGCUGCGGUCCUCCUGAAACUGGGGGGUUAUGGUAUGAUGCGGAUAAUAGUUAUGCUAGACCCACUUUCUAAAGAACUGGCAUACCCCUUUAUUAUUUUAGCCCUCUGAGGCAUUAUUAUGACAGGCUCAAUUUGUCUUCGGCAAACUGAUCUAAAAUCCUUAAUUGCCUACUCAUCCGUUAGUCACAUAGGAUUAGUUGCAGGAGGGAUCCUGAUUCAAACCCCAUGGGGCUUUACAGGGGCAAUCAUUUUAAUAAUUGCCCACGGGUUAGUAUCGUCCGCACUUUUCUGUCUGGCUAAUACCGCCUACGAGCGAACACAUAGCCGAACUAUAAUUCUUGCCCGAGGACUACAAAUAAUCUUCCCACUAACUGCAGUAUGAUGAUUUAUUGCCAAUCUGGCCAAUUUAGCACUACCUCCACUACCAAACCUUAUGGGAGAAUUAACCAUUAUUUCCACCUUAUUUAACUGAUCCCCUUGAACUAUUCUCCUAACAGGAAUCGGCACGCUAAUCACAGCAGGCUAUUCUUUAUACCUCUUUUUAAUAACCCAACGAGGCCCAACACCUAUGCACAUUACGGGUCUCCCACCAUUUCACACCCGAGAACACCUAUUAAUAGCUCUCCACCUCGUUCCAGUCGUUCUUCUAAUUGCAAAGCCCGAACUUAUAUGAGGCUGAUGCUACUAG